AUGUCGAGCCAGGAUACCUCCCCAACCCCGUACGAUCGACCUGAUGGUGUCACGAUCUACCACGAGUCGACAUCAGUGGUGGCCGUCAUUGAAGGUUUCACCAUUGUCGUUAUCUUCCACGGAGCGUUGGUCGCCAAUCUGAUUGCGAUGGCGACGAUUCUUCAAGACAAGGUUCUGAGAAGGAACCUCCAUAACUGGCUGAUCCUGAAUCUCAUCAUAAACGACCUUGGCUUUACAAUAGUAUUCGUGUUCGACCAAGGCUAUUUUCUCCUUCACAACAAAGCUGUGUGUCUUAUUCAAGGUAACGUUCUUUUUGUCUCCGGGAACCUUGCUACAGUUGUGGCAAUCGCCGUGGAUCGCUACUUGGCCGUAGUCUGGUCGACCCGCUUUCCUCCUUCCAAAUCAAGAACCAUCGUCUUUAUCGUCUUCUGUUGGGUCGCCGCCAUUGGAUCCUCCUUACCCUCCUUAUUCAGAGGCGUCUCUUCGAUCAAGUAUAAGACUAUUUCCCACAACUGCUCGCCAGAGUUUCGGGAAGACUGUUUCUAUUACGUUAUUCUCAACGUCAUCGUCUUUGUAGUCAUCGUACCUACGAUGGUUUUAUGCUCUGUUGGUGUGUUUGUGAAAGUGUGGCGUCAACAACGGUUGCUUAGGUCCUACGCCGACGAGAAACCUAGUAUCGAGAGCAACGUAUGUUCCGUUACAGACAAGGACGACGACGACCAAGACCGUGUGACCCAUGCUGACAAUGACAUGCCAAUGGAUGACAUGGGCCAGUCGAUUGAAGGACCUACCUGCUCGAGUCUUACUCCAGAGUCUAUGGACUACUCCCAGUCUUCAAACACCGAGGAACCUGACGCUGAACAUGCUAAAGGAGAAAUCGAGGAAAAUAAGACUAUUCAACAGGGGAUUGUGAUAACAGGAAUCAAGAAAAAAGAUCGUAGGUCCAUGCAGAAAAAACUCAACCUUGAAAAAAGAAUUGCCCUGACUGGAACCCUACUGGUGCUAACCACCGUGGUCUGUUGGUCACCGUACUAUAUCGUUAACACUUGUCUCCUAUCCAUCAACAUCCCCCAUUGGAUGGGCGUGGCCACGGUGUGGCUAGGCUUCUCCAACUGCCUACUCGACCCUCUAAUCUACUCGUUUAUGAAUAGACGAAUUGCAGCUCAUUACCGUGACAUGUUCAGACGUUGGUCGAUUGGAGUGAAUACAGUGAUUAGAUGCAACUCCGGAGAAGCAUGA